AUGCCUGAUCUCUUCGACAAGGGCAGGUACUUCAACCGAACCCUAUUUUUGAGUGUCUUCUUGAUCGCCGUCUCUACUUUCAAUUAUGGUUUUGAUAACCAAGCGUUUUCCACGAUUCAAGCCAUGGAACACUUUACCAAGCGCUUUGGCGAAUAUGAUACAGUCAAGAGCAAAUACGUGCUCCCGCCUUCAUGGCUGUCUCUCUUCAACAGUCUCAACUACAUCGGAUUUGCAGCCGGCGUCAUCAUUGGAAGUCUGAUCUCUUCUCGCUUUGGCCGCAGGUGGUGCAUGUUCGUCAUGUCUAUCUAUGCUCUGGGAACAGCAACUAUUGCAGUCACGUCGAACAGCAAGGAUCAGAUCAUGGCGGCACGCAUCCUUAACUACGUCUACGUCGGUAUGGAGCUCUCCGUUGUUCCAAUCUUCCAAUCGGAAAUUGUUCCCGCUCCGGUUCGCGGCUUUGUCGUCGGCACAUACCAGCUGAGCUUGGUUGUGGGCGGCCUCACGAUCAACAGCAUCUGCUACGGGACAAGCAAGAUUGACGACAACAGGUCUUGGCGAAUCCCCCUCGGCCUUUUCUACAUUGUACCGAGCAUCGUUGCGGCUUUGAUAUUUUUGGUGCCUGAGUCUCCCAGAUGGCUUCUGCGACAGAACCGUCCCGAGGAGGCCAAGGCUAUGCUUGUCAAAUUGCGCCAGGGAGCUUUCACAACGGACGAAGUUGAGGCUGAAUUCCUCGAGCUCCGCCUGGCACUGGAGAGUGAAGAGAAAGGGAAGUUUGUCGAAGUCUUCCGUGGCAAAAACGUGCUGCGGACCGCCAUCGUUAUUGGCGUCAAUUUCUUCCAGCAAGCCACAGGACAAGCAUUUGCGUCGCAGUACGGCGCCGUCUACGUCCGAACUCUAGGAAUUUUCAACCCAGUGUUGUUCAGCCUGAUCAACUCUGCGAUCAACGUGAUCAUUAACUCGGGCACUUUACUUGUGACUGACAAAUUAGGAAGACGCACACUCCUCAUGAUUUCCUCCGUUGCUAUGAUGGGCUGCCUGCUGUCAAUGGGAAGCCUGGGCAUCCAGGUCCCCGUCUCGACGGCCCGUAUGAAGGGCAUCAUGGCGCUGAUUUCACUGUUUGGAGCCAGCUUUUCGCUUGGCUGGGCUCCAUUGACCUACGUUGUUGCCACGGAGGUUUCAGCGCUCCGCCUUCGCGACCAUACGUCUCGCGUUGGGUUCACGGUCAACGUAGUCUUCAACUUCCUCGUAAACUUCUCUAUCCCCUAUCUUGUCUGGCCGGAGAAUGCCGGGCUUGGCAGUAAAGUUGGCUUCAUUUUUGGGAGCGUUGCAUUCUGCUCGCUGAUCUUUACGUACUUUUGCGUACCUGAGUGCAAGGGAAAAACGCUGGAGCAGGUCGAUUAUCUGUUCAAGACUGGAGUCGGACUUCGACACUUUGUUGACGCAGAUGCCGGCGGCCUCUUGAAGUCGAAUCAGGGGUUGCAACGCAAGGAGGAACAUCAAAGCGACGUUGAGAAAGGGUCAUCGUUUGUUGCAUACCAAAAGGAUUCCAAAUGA